AUGAAAGACAGUGAAUUCGUUGGAGGAAAGCUAAAACUGAAGGAUUCGAAAAUAAAAAAAGGUAGCCACUCCAAAGAGUCCAAGUACGCAGCUGGGAGACAUGGCAAAAAAAAAAAAAAUAAAAUAAUCACGGAAGACAAAACGGAAGAUAAAGCGGACAGGAGGAAUUACGAUGAAGAAGGUGGAACAAUGUACAAUGACCAAGGAUAUGGCCAGGAGAAGGACUAUGUCAUGAGUGCAGAUGGAAAAACAAGUAUUCGUGAAAGGGGGAGUGAGAAGGAUGGCACAGGAAAGCUAGCCGAUGAAACAAAAUUGAAGGAAGUUUUGCAACUGAACUUAACCGAGGCGGAAAAGGCAUAUCAGCUGGUAUUAAAGAAAAGGGAGAAACAACGAAUUGAAAAAAUUUUGAAGGAGAGUUAUCGUGAAAGACUGCAGAAGUUUAAUGAUAACUUAGCUUCCCUCAGCGAGCACUUCGACAUUCCGAAGGUUGGACCUGGCUAG